AUGGAUAACAAAUGGAUGUUAACUAAAGAUGUAAGUUAUACUUAUGUAAAUAACGAUAAGUUAUAGUAAAAAUUUUAAAUAGAUUUUGGGUAUUAGAAUUGUAAGAAUGCUAGUUUUGUGCUAAAUAAAGUUUAAUUUAAUUUUACUAAAUAAAGAUGUUAAUUUGGCAUACUUUAGAUAUGGCACGGCAUUUUGAAGCAAAUGUGUGACCAUGAAACUGUGGUUAAUGUAGCGGCUUCAGACAAGUACUUCUACGAUCUAAUCAACCUUAACUUUACUGAAAUGUGCGUUAACAACAAGAUAUACCGGUUGCCUGGAGAAUCUUGGAGUGACGCUUUGGCUGAGUAAGGGUUACCUUUUUAAAUAUUAAAUUUAGUUAUAAAACAGUUAUAUAUGUUUUGUCUAGAUGUAUAGAAUGGUCUAUAAAGUAUCUUUCUUUGUUUUAAAGAUUGUUUUUGAAACUUUAAAGUGGAACGAGUUUGAAGGGGUUAUAAGUGUAACAUUUUCAAUAUUCACCUCACAUUUUAGGUGUCACCAGCGGUUGUGGAAACAUAGUUUCCGAGUGAAUACAGAGUAUACUGUAUUGGAGUUUGGUGAGAAUACUGACAAGUUUGCUUUCGUGUAUUCAAAUUUCGUAAUAGUCACCAGUUUGGACUUCACAAAACGUUACCUACGUUACUUUAAAGUUUAUUUCCAAAUUACCAGAGCUUACAUUGUGGAGAACGGUCAAUAUUUGAUCUUGAAGGUAGGUAAAGCUUAUUCAUCUUGUGGUAAAUUAUCAUUUUAGAUAUAUUACCUUAUCAAUAUGAUUUUUGUGCUUUUUAGUCGUAUAAUCACCACGAAACCGUGGUAUAUAACAUCGAAACUUCUGAACUCUUAACACCUAAUCAGCGUCGUAACAUGAAGUUUAACUCUGUAAUUCUACAAUAUAUAGAAGGUGCGAAGAGUGUUGUCGACCUAUUGAGCACUAUUGAGGUUAAAAACUUGGAUAUAAAUGGUAUUGAGGUAGAUACGAUGGGUCAGUACGUAUCUUUUAAGAACUCAAAAGAUGUGUUGUGUGUAUAUGACUUUUACACAAAGGAAACAUACGAAAUCAAGACUAUGAAUGACUACUACAUGCCACGUAUUCUGCCAGCUUCUGGGUGUAUUCAGAUCAGUUACUGUAAGUUUUUGACGGUAGUGUGAUACGUUAGUAAUAUAGUAUAUAAGAACUUAUUUUUUACAUUACUUUGGUUUAUUUAGAGUAAGUUCAUAUACUGUGAUAUAUGUUCUUGAAAAAUUUGGUUCUAUAGGAGGUAUUGUACCUUUUUGGUUUUUCAGAUGAAGCUUUCAAUUCUGAUUACCAGCCAAAGUACGAACUUCAUCAUAUAGCUACGAAGAAGGUUGUGUUUGAAGAUUCUGAGAAGUCAGCGUGGAGAAUCAUAGAUGAUUGUAUGAUACUCAAGCAGAAGACUGGACAGGUAAACACUUAAAAGUUUUAAGAAAUUAUCUACCUAAACCUUAAGGUUUUUAAAAUGUUAUGACAGAUUUAUACUUGACAUUAUAUUAUGAGAAUAACGUUAUAUGAUACUUUAGUUGCUGAUAUUCGACCAAGAAUCAUGUAGAUGGGACUUUUCGACCAGUUUAACCAUGAGUUCCUCUCAGACCCUGAACAAACCUUGGGAAGAAAUCACAAAUUUCGCCGUUUUUGAUAUUGUACACAAGUGUUUGCCGGAAGAAGCAGCGAUGGUAGACGUAGAAGAGUUGGAAGUUGACGACGAUGACUAUGAUGAUGACAGUGGCAGUGACUAUGAUCCGGAGUACGUUUACAAUGGAGGUGACUAUGGUGAAGUGGAAAAGAACGAUGACUUGGACUACGAAUAUUACAAUGCCUAUGGCAAUGCUGAGGUCAAGGAAGAGACGUUUGAGCUUCUGUUUUAUAAGAUCAAGCCAAAUCGUAAGUCGUGUAUAUUGGGUGGAAUAUUAUCAAGAUUAGUCUAAUACUACCACAAAUUGUCUUCAAAUUAAAAAUUUAUCUUUUUCAGACAAACUAGAGUACAACGUAAUCAAAAAGCCUAGUAGAACUCCACAUCCCUUCGUACGUUUGUAUGCCAGAUUUUCAAAGCUUGGGGUUUGUCCUGAUUCGAACAAACAAAACUUCAUGUUACAACUACAACAGAUCUUCAAUGAUUGGAUAUUACAGACUCAGUUCGACACAUCUGAAGCUGAGAAUAAUGUCUCGUUUUAA